AUGGGCACAGCCCUCCUCGCCAUCAAGGCCAUCUCCAAGAGCUGGUAUCUCAAGAACUCAGUAUCCAUCAUUAAAGACCAUUUCCAUUGCAGAAAUGCGCUCAUCAUGGCACUGCCAUUGGCGGAGAAGGUUUUGUGCUGUCUCGGAAGACGUUUUCAGAUCCUGUCAUGGGUUCAAUCAGAUUAUGCUCCCUAUUUCUAUGACAAUGAACCAAACAGCACCAAUGGGAACAUGGCAAUGUUGAGCAUCCCUGAAGACACACCAUUAGGGUCCCACCUGUACACUUUAAAUGGCACCGAUCUGGAGGGAAAUGCUGUUACAUAUGGCAUGACAUUUGAUCCAGGAUCAAAAAACUAUUUUGCAGUGGAUCCAAAAACUGGAAAUGUCACAUUGGUGGAAGAGUUGGACAGAGAGAAGGAAGAUGAAAUUGAGGCCCUGAUCAGUAUUUCUGAUGGUGUGAAUGAAGUUGUGGAAAAGGUUCGAAUACUUAUAACAGACGCCAACGACGAGAGCCCAGAGUUCAUGAAGAUACCUUAUAUUGUUAAUGUCCCUGAGAACAUGCCACCAGGUGCCAGUAUCUUCAAAGUAUAUGCAGUGGACAGAGACAAUGGAUCUGGGGGCAGUGUCACCUACUUUCUGCAGAACAUGCGCAGAAGCAAGUUCUCCAUUGAUCGAUACAGCGGAAUUCUCCGGAUUAAGCCAAGCACAUCUUUAGAUUUUGAGAAGUCUCGGGCUCAUUUUGUCACUGUUAUCGCAAAGGAUGGUGGAGGGAUACACAGAGGAAAGCAUCAGAUCGGCUCAUCAACUGCCACUGUAACAAUUAAUGUUGUGGAUGUUCAGGACACCCCUCCUGUGUUUGCUGGUGUUCCCUAUUAUGGAUACGUGUAUGAAGACACAGAACCCGGUUCAGAAAUAUUUAGUGUGGUGGCCUACGAUGGAGACCGUGGAAACCCAAAUCCAAUCCAUUACUCAAUUGCACAUGGAAAUGAUGGUUCCUUUGAAAUAAAUAGUACAAGUGGGGUCAUUACUCUUCUGAAAACUACAGAACAACUUCAGAAGGAUGUUUACAAGCUAUUAAUUCAGGCCUCAGAAGUUGACCCAGAUGUUGAUACACCAGUGUUUAUGACAGCCAUGGUGACAAUCCAAGUGGUCGAUCUCAACAAUCAUCGGCCGACCUUCUAUGGUGAACACGGACCCCAGUCACAAUUCGAGAUCACGAUGCAGGAACAUCCACCUGCGGGAGAGAUACUGCGUGGUCUGAAAAUCACAGUGAACGAUUCUGAUCAGGGAGCAAAUGCACAAUUUAGCCUCACGUUGGUUGGCGAUGGUGGAGUAUUCCGAGUUAUUCCACAAACCAUCCUUAGUGAAGCCCAGGUCACCAUAAUAGUGGAGAACUCAACUGCCAUCGACUAUGAGAUAGUCCAAGUAUUCACUUUUGAGCUCCUUGCUGUUGAAUCCGAUACUCCAGAGCAACUCAGUUCAACAGCCACCGUCAUCAUUCAUAUAAUUGAUACAAAUGACAAUACUCCCAAGUUCACCUCGGAAUUCUAUGUCGCUCGGAUUCCAGAAAACUCACCUGGAGGCUCUCCUGUUAUCUGUGUAUCAGCACAUGACCCUGACUCAGAAAUGUGGGGAGAAGUCAAGUACUCGAUACACGGAGCAGGAGCAGAUCUAUUCCUGAUUCACCCAAGCACGGGAGUUAUCUACAUUCAGCCCUGGGCGGUACUGGAUGCUGAAGAACAAUCGAAGUACAACUUUCACAUCAAAGCAGAGGACGCGGAAGGGAAACACAGCUUGGCGGAGGUCUUUGUGACGGUUCUCGACGUAAACGACCACUAUCCAGAAUUUAAUGAUAACAUUUUGGACAAGGUUAUGAUUAUUGGAUCCGCUGUAAAAGUUGAGGCCAAAGAUGAGGAUGCGGAGGAACCAAAUAAUAUCGUAGAUUACUCGAUAAUGCAAGCUGAUCCGGCCAAUGUUUUCGACAUUGAUCAAGCCACGGGAGAGAUAAUGUUGAAGUCCUACAUCAGAUCUCUGGAGGUCAUUUACAACAUCACUAAAAACAAGGACUGCCAGUGGUCUUUGAUUGUGCAGGCUAAAGACAGAGGCUCUCCCUCCUUCAGCACUACAGCGGUCGUAAGAAUUGAUAUCACAGAGGAGACUUCUGGCAAGGGGCAUUUGGCAGACUUUUUAAUGCAAUCUAAAGAUAAUCCUAUGAAAGCCCUAGGAGCAAUAGCUGGAAUUGUUUGCUUUUUUGUGGUUCUGACUGUCAUAAUUUCCACGGUCAUGUUUUGGCGGAACAAGAAGUCCAGUAGAGUGGGUCCUGUGAGGCGUGUCAUAAAGCGGCGGCCAGGCUGGAAACUACAGACCCGCAGAUCAAGAUGGUUCCAGGGUAAGAGGUCCAGGAAAAAAAGGGCCAAUUUAAUGACUUGUGCAUCCAACCAGCACUUGCAAAACACAAGUAUGAACAAUAACCGCCCGCCGCUUCCACUGGCUUUGCCAAGUGCGCCCUCGCUUCCCCCUCCACCGACCACCCACUCAGCCAGACUCAAUAAACCCAAGUGGGACCUACCAACUGUCUCAGGAUCCAUCAGUCUCAAAACUAACUACAACCCUCAGCAAUCAGAAAACAACACCAUGAACAUCAAUGGUGCCCUGGUGUCAGAGCUUAAACAGCGCCUGGAGAGGAAAAUGAAAGAAGAUGCUUCUAAGCUGUACUUAUAAAAUGUUUGGAUGCGACAAUAAGUAUUGAUAUGAUUGAAAUGCUUUGUUGAUGCUUUCUUUUUCUGUCAAAGAACUGUGUUUAAUAACACUGGACAACAAAUUUUUUCGAAAGUGUUGUUUCCUCAGAAUUUUCUUUUUGUUUAUGAUAGACCGCUUGAAGUUGAACUCAAAUAUAAUUUCAGACUAGUUGUAUCACGUAGGAAUUUGGAGAAGCAAGAAAUUAACUUUUAUUGAAUAUAAUGCAUUUAAUUGCAUAACAGUGCUGACGCUUUGCAAUCAUUCA